AAAAAGCAGUACAUGAUGAAGGGGAAACGUAAGAGAGCCUACCUCUCUCGGAAACUGUUGACUAAAUCAAGGCGUCUCAUAGCCAUAACUGAAGCUCUCGUGAGAAAGGUUUUGAUGAUGGAGAGCUCAGAGAAGAUCAGCAGAAAAGAGUACUUGAAUCCUGAAAACGGAGGGCAGCAGAUGUUCUCUAUAAGUGAUGCUUUUAUUAAAGAGUCGUUAUUCAACAGGAGGGUGGAGGAGAAGUCCAAAGAACUCUUUUUCACGCCCCUAGGCUGGCACCACAGCAAUCUAGAUCUGCUGAGAGAAGAGAAUGGAGAGAAACAAGCCAUGGAAAGGCUGCUGUCUGCUAAUCACAACCACAUGAUGGCACUGCUUCAGCAGCUUCUGUACAAUGAGUCCCUGUCACUGUCCUGGAGGGAUAUCAUUGUACCUGUGGUCUGCCAGGUAGUUCAAACUGUGCGGCCUGAUGUCAAGAACAGAGAUGAUGACAUGGAUAUCCGCCAGUUUGUCCACAUCAAAAAAAUCCCUGGCGGAAAGAAAUUUGACUCCAUGGUGGUGAAUGGAUUUGUUUGCACUAAGAAUGUUGCACACAAAAAGAUGAACUCUUGCUUAAAAAAUCCCAAAAUUCUUCUGCUGAAGUGCUCUAUUGAAUACCUCUAUCGAGAAGAAACAAAGUUUACCUGCAUAGACCCUAUAGUACUUCAGGAAAGGGAGUUCUUGAAGAACUACGUACAGAGAAUAGUUGAUGUCAGGCCUAAUUUGGUCCUUGUUGAGAAGACUGUGUCCCGAAUUGCCCAGGACAUGCUUUUGGAGCAUGGUAUCACUCUGGUCAUCAAUGUCAAGCCGCAAGUGUUAGACAGGGUGAGUCGAAUGACCCAGGGAGACUUAGUGAUGUCAAUGGAUCAACUGCUGACCAAACCACGUUUGGGAACCUGUCAUAAAUUUUAUAUGCAAGUUUUUCAGUUGCCCAAUGAUCAGACAAAAACCCUGAUGUUCUUUGAAGGGUGUCCCCAGCACCUGGGUUGCACUAUCAAGUUGUGUGGUGCUGCAGAGUAUGAGCUGGCCCGUGUGAAGGAGAUCUUGAUCUUCAUGAUCUGCGUGGCUUAUCAUUCCCAGCUGGAAAUCUCUUUCCUUAUGGAUGAGUUUGCUAUGCCCCCUAGUCUGACCAAAAACACCUCCUUUCACUCCCUUAUCGAGGAGCCGGGAGAUGAAGAUGAACAACAGAACCUCUUCAAUGGUGAGGAUUUCAGCACAGCAGUCAGAGACAUUGAACUGUCCUCUGAAAAGCUGCCUGUAAUCUCUGAGUCAGUGUCCUCUGAUGAGGUCAGCUUGCUUGAACAAAGAGGUUUGUUUGAGAGAGGUGACCAAGAGAACAGUCAACUGGAAGCGGCGUCCUCAAAACAGCAGGAGCACCAAAAAAUGGAGUCACCAUUUCCAGUGUUCAACUCUGUACCUCCUGCAAUACCUGAAACAUCCCUGCUGCCCCUCCAUGGCAUUGACCAGCACUUGGUCACUCUGGAUAGCCAGACACUAGAGCCUCUUCAACAGGCAGAUGAUCUGCAGGAGUCCAAGAGUCAGAUGAGAGUCUUCAGAGACCCCCUCCAGGAUGAUACUGGUUUAUAUGUCACAGAAGAAGUAACUUCUUCUGAGGAUCGUCUGAAGACUUACUCUGCAGCGUUUAAGCAGGAGUUGAAAGAUGUCAUUCUCUGUAUUUCUCCUGUAAUGAUGUUCCGGGAACCAUUUCUUUUGACUGAAAAAGGCAUGAGGUGCCCUGCCCGGGAAUACUUCCCUGAGCAAGUUUAUUGGUCUCCUCUCCUCAAUAAGGAAUACAAGGAGUUGGAGAGCAGAAGGAAGAGGCAAUUAUUGCGGGAUCUCUCAGGACUACAAGGGAUGAAUGGGAGUAUCCAAACCAAGACUAUCCAAAUCUUACCUUCUCAUGAGUUGGUUAAUACUAGAAUAGCAGAGCAUCUAGGUGAUAGCCAGAGCUUAGCCAGAAUGCUGGCAGACUAUCGGGCCAGAGGAGGGAGGAUACUACAGAAGAGCACAGAUCCCUUUGCCCACAGCAAGGAUGUGUCUAGUGUCCCUGCUGGAAAAACUGGGUGUAGAAUUGAAGAGGAUGAGAAGGGACUGGCUCAGAGUGAAUCGUCAUGGUCUCAUAAGGUGGAUUGCCUGAGUCCAGUAAACCAUCAGAGGCUCUGUGUUCUCUUCAGUAGCUCUUCUGCUCAGUCCAGCAAUGCUCCAAGUGCCUGUGUUAGCCCCUGGAUUGUGACCAUGGAGUUCUAUGGGAAAAAUGACCUGACUCUAGGGAUUUUUCUGGAGCGCUACUGUUUCAG